AUGUGCAUGCUUGACCGCUUCGUCCGUAUGCCUUUGCCCCGAACUCCUCAAUGGCCUUUCCCUCCCUCUAAUCGCCCCCACACACCUCGCGGGCGGAAAUUUAUGUCCUCAGAAGUCCGUCCUGCUCACACUCCCCGUGCCUCCCUUCAUAUCUGGCACGAUCUGUCCCCGCCCUGGCGCGUCUUGACCUCUCCCGCGCGUCUGCGCAAACUAUAG